AUGAGUUCAAAUAACCCGAGAAGUGCUGGGUCAGACCCCAGUUCGGCUGGGCCCAAUCCCAGUCGCAAGGGCUCUGUAAAACGAGCCCGCGAACUGCUGGAAGCCGGUGUCCGCCCUACUCGAGCCUCGCCGACGAUCCCUAUGCCCAUGCCCCUGUCCAGACCGUCGCCAGAUCCAAGAAAUAUUGCCCACCAAAGCCAAUGGCCUCUUCCUGCGUCGGGCCUUCAACCCCGUCCUUUAAAUCCGCAACAUCCCGGUCAACACCCUGGUCAUCCUGGUCAGCAUCCCAGGUUUCUGGUUCCACGAGGUCCUCCGCCAUCGCGACCACCCCGUCCGAGUGAAGUCCCCUCGCAAAUCCCAUCGCCUUCAAUUUAUUCGGUCAGAAGUGGCCAGGAGUCGGAGACGAGCUUGAACCAACCCAACUAUCCCACACGACCUGCGCAGUCUUUUUCUCAACCCAAGCCGCACCAGCAACCACCACCGCAGUCGUCGACCAACGAUGGCUCUGUAAGUCCUACGAGCACUACGGAUAUGACCCCUCGCAUCUCAAUUGCGACCGAUGACCUAUUUCGUCAAUCCACCGCGUCUGGUUCAUCUUCUGUUCCCGAUGUGCCACCGAUCCCUCUACCCGAGCCGCCCUUGCCUCCGGCAGAACCUCGACAGCGGACAGCAGGUCUCGCUGUGCCCCCAAGUGCCCGUCGAUCUGGAGCUCGCAGGUCCUCUGUUUCUCCCAUUCCCGAAGAGUACUCUGACCCCCGCCAAACUCUUGGCUCGCUAGCGUCCAGCCGAGCUAUCCCCUCUAGCUGGGGCUCAGGCCCAGCGGCAUCUGAGAUCCUGGGAGCUUACUUGGACAUAGAAUCGGACGACGAGCAUGUGCCGCACAAAAGGCAGACCGACGCAGACGCAGAAGCCGACGCCGACGCAGCACUUGUGCGAAGUGCCAGUCUGGGAAAGCGUGGCAAACCCACAAUGCGCACGAUUAUGAAAUCCAACCCUAACUCCGAAGUAGUAUCAAUCCCAGACGUGCCCUCUUCCAAUCCCCAAGCAGAGUACGGCCAGCCACAUGCUGCAACUGGCGCGGCAGAGACCCUCGCUGUCGGGGCAGCAGUUCAUCAAGUGCUGCAUGCGCCCAGCACAGGACGUCGAGAGUCAACCUCGACCACGUCGCACGAGUCCUAUGUUGACCCUGAGAAGCCGCGAUUCGCCCAGCCAGCUGACGAGAAGAUCUAUAGCUUGGCCAUGGAGAAGGAGCUUGGGGUUCUGCCCAAGGCAGCCCCUACGAUGAGUGACAAACGACCUGGUGGCAAGAAGCCUCCCAAGCUCGAUAUGAGCGCUCUUCGGGAUGCUGAGGCACGUGGUAGUCUUUCCAGUCUGUCUGAUCUGAUCCGCCGCGCCACAAGGCUCGCCUCCAACCUCGACCAUGGGAGGACGGCCAGCCAGGGCAAUCUGGUGGCCGACACUGCCCACAAGCCUGCCUUUGGACGCCGCCGCAAUUCUGGAUCUCUGUCUGAUAUCCUAGCCUCGUUCCCCAAUCCAGGUCUGCAAACACCCGAGACCCGCGGCUCAUGGCCCGUCUUCUUCAAUCGCUCAGGACUACGCAACGUCGAGCCCCUCGGUUCCAAUGAGGACGAUCCCGUCGCCAAAAAAGAACCUCGCAAGUGCUGUGGGAUCCCCCGCAAGUGGUUCAUCCUUCUCUGCAUCCUCCUUUUCAUCAUCGUGGUGCUCGCGAUCCUGCUUCCCGUUUUCCUUAUCGCCGUGCCCAAGCAGAACGCCAAGAAUUCAGGGUCCUGCUCGACGACAAACCCCUGCCAGAACGGUGGCGUGAGCGUCUCGAGUGGCUCGGAGUGCUCGUGCGUGUGCGCGAACGGCUACACCGGCUCUCAGUGCACCGUGGCUGGCGAUAGCAGCUGCAUCACCUCCGAGGUGGAUAAUGGCACGAUCAGCAAGAAGGCCACGAUGGGCAGCGACUUGCCGGAUGUGUUCAGCUAUUCGGAGGAGAAGUUCGGCAUCAGCCUCGACACGGUCACCCUCAUGGCCCUCUUCAGCAUGAACAACGUCUCCUGCAAGACCGAGAACUCCCUUGUCACUUUCGACGUCGAGACCAGCAGCGACACUAGCAAAACCCGACGUGCCGUCGAGCUGCCCGUCGACUUAGCGGCCGUCGAGUCGGCGGACGCAUUCCCAUCCAGCUCAGUCGGGUCGAUCGAACCGACUCCAGCCCUCAUCGCCCGCACGCUAGCGACCUCCAACGGGAUCCUCUACGACGGUAGCAGUGGCAUCUCCGAAUCGUCCGACUCCACAAAGACGACCAGCAGCGCCACGACGACGACGGCGACGGCGACCGCCGUAACCAGCGCGGCCACGAGUAUCACCGCGAGCAAGGCCAGCGCAACUGCCAGCAGUGUGCCGACGGCGGUGGUCGAGUUCUCACGGGUGGCGGUGCUUUAUAUCCUGGAGAAGACAGGAUCGGUCCUGUCGGCGUCGUGGUCCGGGUCGCAGAUCGAGACGUACCUGGAGGACUCGUACUCGGAUGCGACCCACCCGCGGCUGGAGCUGUUGGGGGAGUUUGGGUUGGACUUUGAGAAUAAGACGAUAACGCUGCGGAAUGGAACCAUUGCCAGCUGA